GCUGGAUCGGGACCAGGGACUGGAUCGGGAUCCGACUGCGGGACCGGGACCGGCCGGGUUGCUGAGCCGGCAGCCGAGGAUCGCAGUGCUGCCGCCGCCGCCGGACCAUGUGGCCGCUCUACCUGCUGGUGGCCUCCGUGGGAAAGAAGGGGAUUUGCCGUCCUUGCCCAAACACACCUUGUGUGACUGCACGUCUGUCAGAAAGCCAGCUAUUGCCUGGGAACAACUUCACCAACGAGUGCAACAUUCCUGGGAACUUCAUGUGCAGCGAUGGCAGGUGUAUACCCGGGGCCUGGCAAUGUGACGGCCAGCCAGACUGCUUUGACAAGAGCGAUGAAAAGGAGUGCCCAAGAGUCAAAUCCAAAUGUGCUCCAACCUUUUUCCCCUGCGCCAGCGGUGUGCAUUGUAUCAUCGGGCGCUUCCGGUGUAAUGGAUUCGAGGAUUGUCCGGACGGCAGUGAUGAGGAGAACUGCACAGCAAACCCCCUGUUAUGCUCGACAGCCCGUUUCCACUGUAAGAAUGGGAGAUGCAUUGACAAGAGCUUCGUGUGCGAUGGAGUGAAUAACUGCCAGGACAACAGUGACGAAGAUGUCUGUGAGAUCUCAGCAGAUGACAGCCUGGGCGGGGGUCACGACUAUGUGACGUCCGACAUCCGGAUCUUCCCGUACUACCCCAGUGUCAUCUUCGCCAUCAUCGGCAGCUCAGUGGUCUUCGUCCUGCUGAUGGCUCUGCUGGCCAUGGUGCUGCAUCACCACCGCAAACGCAACAACCUGAUUGGCCACGUCACGCCGCCCCUGCACCGCCUGCAGCACCCGCUGCUUCUGUCCCGGCUGGUGAUCUUGGACCGCACCCACCACUGCAGCGUCACCUACAACACCAACAACGGCAUCCAGGUCACCGCCAGCUCCAUGUACCACCAGCCCCUGCCCGCGGAAGAGGUGCCGCCCUCCUACUCCGAGGCUGUGCUGGAACAGAGCAGACCGCCAUGGUUCGACCUCCCACCGCCUCCAUACCGCUCGGACACCGAGAUCCCCAGCCAUCCUGAGCUGCCCCCUUACCGUUCCAGGGCAGGGAGCACCUUGAGUUCGGGGCAUCCCAGCAGCCUACAGGAGAGCGCUGAAACCAGAGACUGCCUGCUCAGCAGCAGAUCAGGGGAAGAGCCGUGAGCAAAAGCCAUGUUGUGGCGCAGCAGUUGUGUUCUUGCACUAGGUGACACUUAAAGGCA